AUGUCUUUACAAGAUCUUAUACCAGUUGUGAAUAAAUUACAAGAUAUUGUAACUACAACUCAACUAGCUGAAAUAGAUUUACCAAUAUUAGCUGUUGUUGGUUCUCAAUCUUGUGGCAAAUCUUCUGUUUUAGAAAAUAUUGUUGGUAGAGAUUUUUUACCAAGAGGCACUGGUAUAGUUACUAGAAGACCAUUAGUAUUACAAUUGAUAAAUAUAAACGAAAAUGAAGUACCUAUAGAAUCUUUUAGAAAUGAUUCAGAAGAUAGUGAAAUAAAUCUAGAAGAUCAUUUAAGAAAAUUAAAUGGUAGUACUAAUAAAAGACAAGGUACCGAGUGGGGAGAAUUCUUACAUAUUCCAAAUAAACGAUUUUAUAAUUUUUCAGACAUUAGAAAAGAAAUUGAAAGUGAAACUUUAAGAAUAGCUGGUCAAAAUAAAGGUAUUUCAAGAUUACCAAUUAAUCUUAAAAUUUAUUCACCAAAUGUUUUAAAUUUAACUUUAGUUGAUUUACCAGGUUUAACAAAAAUUCCAAUUGGAGAUCAACCAACAGAUAUUGAAAGACAAAUUAGAAACUUAAUUUCUGAAUAUAUUUCAAAACCAAAUUGUAUUAUUUUAGCUGUUUCUCCUGCAAAUGUCGAUUUAGUUAAUUCUGAAUCUUUGAAGUUAGCAAGACAAGUAGAUCCAACUGGUAAAAGAACUGUUGGUAUUUUAACAAAAUUGGAUUUAAUGGAUCAAGGUACAAAUGCCUUAGAUAUUUUAAAAGGGAAUGUUUAUCCUUUGAAAUUAGGAUUUAUUGGGAUUGUUAAUAGAUCUCAACAAGAUAUUGCUGAAAAUAAACUGUUGGAUGAAUCAUUAUAUUCUGAACAACAAUUUUUUGCUAAUCAUCCAGCUUAUAAAUCAAUGUCAAAUAAAUGUGGUACUAAAUAUCUUGCAACUACAUUAAAUAAAAUUUUAAUGAAUCAUAUAAAAGAAAGAUUACCGGAUAUAAAAGCAAAAUUAAAUACUUUGAUGUCACAAACUGAACAAGAAUUAAAUUCAUAUGGUGAUUUAGGUAAAUUGGAAUCAAAAGAAUUACGUGGUGCGAUGAUUUUAACAUUAAUGACAAAAUUUGCCAAUGCUUUUAUUAAUUCAAUUGAAGGUACCUCCGAUCAAAUUGCAACGAAAGAAUUAUGUGGUGGGGCAAGAAUUUAUUAUAUAUAUAACGAAAUUUUUGGUUCACAAUUGGCUUCAAUAAAUCCAGUUCAUAAUUUAUCAAUACAUGAUAUUAGAACGGCUAUUAGAAAUUCAACUGGUCCAAGACCAUCGUUAUUUGUACCAGAGCUAGCAUUUGAUAUUUUGGUGAAACCACAAAUUUCAUUAUUAGAAGAUCCAAGUUCAAAAUGUGUUGAAUUAGUUUAUGAAGAAUUAAUGAAAAUUGUUCAUUCAGUUUGUUCAUCUGAUAUUGCACACGAAAUGAAUAGAUAUCCAAGAUUACAAAGUAAAUUAAUUGAAGUUGUAAGUGAUUUAUUAAGAGAAAGAUUAGGUCCAACUUUAAAAUAUGUUCAAUCAUUAAUUGAAAUUCAUAAAGCUUAUAUAAAUACAAAUCAUCCAAAUUUCUUGGGUGCUGCCAAAGCCAUGGGUAUAGUUGUUGCAGAAAGACAAAAACAAAAAGAAUUGGAACUGAAUUCAAAAUUAAGAUUAGCAAGUGAAAGAAUAUUGAAGAAGAACAAAGAUGAAGAAGAAGUUGAGGAUAUAAAUUCAGUUGAUGAUGAAGUUCCAAAACGUAAAAGAUCAAGUUCACACGCUGAAUCAAUAGGUCAAGAGUCAUAUUUAAAUUAUUUCCUUGGUAAAGAUCCAGUCGUAAUUCAACAACAAUUACAAACACAAGCACAAUUACAUCCAACACCUUUUAAAUUCCCACAAACGCAUGAGACAACUUUACAAUUUAAUACAAAUUUUGUUUCAAAUGGAAUACAUCAUGAUUUAAAUAAAUUAUCAGUAUCUGAAUCCAAUGAAGAUGAAACUUUUGAUGAUUCAAUUAAUGAUUUAACUGAAAGAGAACAAAUGGAAUGUGAAUUAAUUAGAAGAUUAAUUAUUUCUUAUUUUAGUAUAGUUAGAGAAAUGAUUCAAGAUCAAAUUCCAAAAUCAAUUAUGUGUUUAUUGGUUAAUCAUGUAAAACAAAAUAUUCAAAAUAGAUUAGUUGUUAAAUUAUAUAAUGAAUCAUUAUUUGAUGAAUUAUUAAAAGAAGAUGAAAAUAUUCAAGCUGAAAGAGAAAAAUGUUUAGAAUUAUUAAAGACUUAUAAAGAAGCUGCUAGAAUUAUUAGUGAUGUAGUUUAA